ACAGCGCACACCUCGGCUUCUUCUUUGGGAGCUUCUACAACCAUCGCCGGCCGCGAAUUUAAGCUCUUUUGGCACACGGCGGAGCACAGUAAAGAGGCUACACUACACCGGCUACUAGCAAAGCUUAGCUCGAUCACUUGGUACAACCAAGCCGAUGCGUGCUCACCCAAUGCGACGCCGACUCGUCGCCGCCAUGAUGAACGUCGUGGCCAUCGGGCUCGUGCUCUCGACGCUGGCCGCCGCGGGGGUCUGGUCGCCGGCGCCGGCGCCGCCGGCCCAGCCGCACGGCGACCACGUCGUCCGGGAGGGGCGCCGCGUGGUCAUCGUCGAGUACGAGCGCGAGGUCCAGCUCUCGGGCGAGGACGGCGGCACCGUCAAGGUCAAGGAGACGCGCGUCCUGCCCCCGGACGCCCUCGACGGCGUCGAGGGCGACGGCGAGGGCGUGGGCGGGGUCUUCGAUGGAGCGAAGGAGGUGGCAUCCGACGCGGCCGGCAGGGUGGCCGGCGCGGCGGCGGAGGGCAAGGAGCGGCUGUCAGACGCCACGGGCGGCGUCCUCGGCGCGGUCAAGCGGUGCAAGGACAGGCUCUGCGGCGCGGGCCGGAAAGCCGAGGAGGCCGCCAAGGACGCGGCGUCCCGCGUCCAGCGUGGCGCGGAGGACGCCGCGAGGGGCGCCGUGGAAACGGUGUCGGACGCCAAGGACAGCGCCGAGAACAAGGCGUUCGACGCCGCGCAGCGUGGCAAGGACGCCGCGAAGGGCGCCAAGGACAGGGCCUUCGACGCGGCGCAGCAAGGGAAGGAGACGCUGAAGAGCGCCAAGGACAAGGCGGCCGAUGCGGCGCAGCAAGGGAAGGAGACAGCGAGGAGCGCCAAGGACAAGAUCACCGAGGCGGCCGGAAAGGCCAAGGAGAAGGCGUCCGACGUCCAGCACGGCGCCGCCGAAGCCGCCAAGAGCGCUAAAGAUCGGGUGUCCGAGGCGGCCAGGCACGCCAAGGACGGCGCCAAGGAGACCGUCCGGGGCGCCAGGGACAGGGUCUCCGACAUCGCCGAGCGGGCCGAGGAGGACGCGGAGGACGCCGCGGAGCGCGCGGCGGACACGGCCGUGAAGGCGAAGGCCGGCGAGGUGCGGCGCAACCUGACGGACAUCGCGCGGCGGGCGCGCGGCGUGGCGUCCGACGCCGCCGCGGACCUGCUCGGCGGGGGCGGACCCCGGAAGGCCGCGCGCACCGCGACGGCGGUGAUGCACCUCCUGGGCUUCGCCACCGCCUACGGCACCUGCGUGUGGGUGACGUUCGUGUCCAGCUACGUGCUCGCGGCGGCGCUGCCCCGGCAGCAGCUGGGCAUGCUGCAGAGCAAGCUGUACCCGGUGUACUUCCGCGCCAUGGCGUACGGCGUCGGGCUGGCGCUCGCCGCGCACCUGCUGGGCCGCGAGCGGAGCUCCGCCGCCGCGCGCGCGCAGAGCUUCAACCUCCUCGCCGCGCUGGCGCUGGUCCUCGCCAACAUGCUGCUCCUCGAGCCCAAGGCCACCAAGGUGAUGUUCGAGAGGAUGAAGGUGGAUAAGGAAGAAAGCCGGGGGCGCGACGUGGCGGACAUCGCCGACCCGCCGACGGUCACCGUGUCCACGACGGCGACCAACGCCGCCAGGGCGGCCCGCGCAGAGGCGGCGGCAGACGCGGCCGCGCCCGCGGCGGCGGCGCGUACCUCCAUCCCCGUCGACGGCGCGGCGGCGAAGGCGGGCGGCGGCGACGCGGAGAUGUCGAAGAGCAGGGUGGUGAGGCUGAGCAGGAUGCUGAAGAAGCUCAACGGCUACUCCUCCCUGUGCAACGUGCUGUCGCUCAUGUGCCUCACCUGGCACCUCGUGCACCUGGCGCGCCGCCUCCAGCCGGGCACCGCCUGCUAGGCUCGGCUCGGUUGCUCAAGGGGGCCUCAGCUCCUCCUGAUGCUCCCGCCUCAAUGGCUUCAUGGUGUCGUCUGGUGGUAUUCAGCGUCAGUUUUAAGUCAUCUUGUGGAUCUGACACGCAUGUUUAUUUGCUCAGUACGUAGUUCUCUUAGGGUUGUGUUGAUGCGUGCUUACAGGCCGGUGUCAACUUGAACGGCAGCUGUAGUCCUCCAGUAGUAAUGCGAGUGUCAGUUGUAUGUGGUGCUAGGAGUAGGUCGUAGCACUAGCAGCAUGGGUGUAAGUUAAAUCUUCAAGUUUUCAUGUAAGUUAAAUCUUCAAGUUUCCAUGUCAAGUUU